ACAUGCGAUUUAAUUAUCUCACAUAUUUGAAUACUUUUUCAGGAUUAUGAGGAUCUGAAGCGAAGUCCUUUUAAAGUAAACGUAAAGAUUGAAUGUUUUGUUGAUUGACCAAGAAUGUUGAAUCAGGAUGAAUGAAAGUUGAGAAAUCAAAUUAAUAAUCAGGGAUAUUGACAGAUUUCUUAAUAAGAUCUUCUUUAUUCAAUUGAAAUGGACUUUGCAGAAACUUUAAUGUAGGUUCUAAAGUAAUAUAAAGUUAGCUUACUUCUGAAUCUGAAAAAGGAUUUAUAUGCAAAUCCCCAAAGAAACUACAUUUAAAAUGAGCAUAUUUACCGGUCCUUUCAUUUAAUAUAAAGCACAAAUAAAAUAUAAUUAAUGAAUCUCGAUAGUGCAGCAGACUUUUGUCCAUAAUGUCAUUUUAUGUUAGAACUACCAGAAGUCCUUGAUAUAAUUGAGUGUAAUCGUUGUGGAUAUAAAGUAUGAUAUUCAUUAUAUAUGAUAAGUGUUCAAUAAGUGAUUAUCAACCUAAAUACAUCAUAUCAACCAUAAAAAUGGAACCAAAAUCCUGGUUAUCUAAUUAACCCUAAGAGUCCAAACUCUUUGAUUAAUCACACAGAGCAAUUAUUCAAUAAGCUUGUCCAAAAUGUGGUCAUGAAGAAGCCUACUUUUCUACAGCUCAAUUGAGAUCAGCAGAUGAAGGUUCAACUGUAUUUUAUGAAUGUGUUAAAUGUCAGUUCCGUUAUCAAUUAAAUAAUUGA